UCUUCGUCUCUUUCCAACUUAGAAAGAGACAAACAUGAAUUAAACUAAGAGUAAAGUUAAACGAUGUUUGGUGAAUUUCAGUUGGUCUCGCUUAAUCAGGCAAGGUUCAUCUUCUUUCCCCGAAAGAAACGUGAUAGGACUGCGGAUUCCACGUCGGUUGAACGGAGGGACGGUGGCUGUAACGAUCGCCGGAAUCGGUCAAUUAAUCGACAAGUACGGAUAAAGAGGGAGAGGAUGAUACCUACGAGCACCAUCGGCGGUCCGAUGGAAUUCACUUUGCGGCUGAUCGGCGUUUGGCCGGAUUCCUCCUAUAGGUUCCUGAUGCGCGUCGUUUGGACGACGCUGAUGACUACCUCGCAGUUCUUACAGUAUUGGUACCUCCUCACUCACAUCGGCUCCGACACCCUGCCGAACAUCAUGGACUCUAUGAGUCUGUGCAUAUCGAACAGCCUGUUGUUUCUCAAGUUCAUCCUUCUCUGGUUAAACGGACGUAUCAUUUAUGAUGUUUUCACGACGAUGGCCGAAGACUGGAAUGAGUGCGCAUCCACUCGAUCGAAAAUGCAGCUGAUGAUAAGCAAAGCGAUUUUGUCCCAUCGCUUUUCCAAAUGCAGCAUCGGUGCGUAUACGAUCGUGCUAAUUUUAUUUUCGGGGAGUAACAUAAUCGCCGAAAGGAGCGCAGGCAUCGAGCAAGUUGUCGAAGAGAAGCAGUUUAUUGUCAAAAUGAAACUACCGCCCGAGUGCAGUGUGUCGCCGCUUUACGAAAUCGUCAUGAUCGUGCAAUUUGUCCUGCAAUUCACGUCGGCACUCGUAGCGGGGAUGCUGAAUGCUUUUAUUGUGACAUUAAUACUCCACAUUGCCGGUCAGAUCGACGUAAUGUGCCACGAAUUGCUGGAGAUUCCUGUUGACGAGGACAAACACGAUACGCGUACGGUCGCAUUGAGGUCUGUCGUGAAUAGACAUCAAAGGAUUAUUGCCUUGGCGGAUAGCAUCGAGAAUGUGUUCUGUUACAUGGCGCUGAUACAGUUUUUCUCAAACAUGUUCGUUAUUUGCUUCGUCGGAUUCGUAAUUAUAACUUCGUUUAACUCCCCUGGCGCGAAUGCCGUGUUGAUAAAGAUGAUACCUUAUUACGCCGUCGUGAACUUGGAAGCGUUUAUACUUUGCUUCAGCGGCGAAUAUCUCAGUUCCAAGAGCAAGUGUAUAAAUCGGGCGGCAUACAAUUCAAUUUGGUACGAAUUAAAGCCUACGGAGAGUAAAAUCUUACUCUUAUUAAUAAUGAGAUCUCAGAAGGAAUUGACAAUGACGGCCGGAAAAUUCCUAGAUUUAUCUUUGGAGGCUUUUACGAGCAUUCUGAAGGCAUCUGCAUCUUACGCGUCGGUGUUACACGCCAUGUAUUGAAAACUGUGAGACAGUUGUAAACACAAAAUUGUAAAAAAUUUUGUACAAAUGUGAAUAGUUGAAAAUUAAACUAUUGCGGGGCAAUAAACACUUCGCAUUAAAAUGUUAACUAAUGCAGAAAGAAUUGCAUAAACGAAUAUUUAAAUACGGUGCACACACACUCGCGCGCGCGCGUACGCACACAACUUUUUCGUGUGGCUCUAUUUCUCGCUAUUUAUUUUGCUUUCAAGGUAGAGAUAAAUCCAUCGAUUGAAAAAGAAAAAGAGAAGAAAGGAAGAAGCCAAGAACAUGUACGUAUACAUGGAAGAGGAAUUGCCUAUAUUUAGUAAGGAACGAGCC